GCCCAUUACGCUUCAGUUGUAUUAAUAAUUAACACGGCUAUAAAAUUUUUUAAUAAAAAUAAAUUUACUUGAAAAGUCACUCUGUGCGAACAAUGGACGCAGUAAUAAAUAAAAUUUAUUUAGCGAUUACAAUUAUUUCAUUUAUUUCAAUAAUUAUAAAUUUAAAUAACGCGGAAGAAUUAACUGUAGGUGAUACAAUAAAUAUACUCGAGUCUAAAAAUUCGAUAAAUAAAGUAGCGGACAUAUUUAACAGCUAUGACGGAUCCAAGUUUAUUGAAAAAAAAAAUUUUAAUGACAUUAUUGAAGAUUACUUUUUGGUAGCCGAUGAAUUCUGCUUGACAUUUGAAUCCCUAAAAUUUUAUUACUAUCCACAAGUUUUUCUCGAUGGAGUAAAAAACUAUAUGCCGUCAAAUUUUUUUGGUUACAUGGAUAAUUCAAGGGAUGAAUUUUUGGGUAUUAAUAGCAAUUACGUGAAUAAUGUUCAUUUCAAAUAUGGGAUUGUUAAAGUAUGCAAAAUCGUAGAAACUGAAUAUCUAAAUAUCGAAAUUAUUGACGAUAAAUAUUUUCCAAAUAUCAGUUCUGGUGCAAAUUAUAAUAUUUUAGUAAAUAAAACGGUUGUUUUUCGGCUGAAACGAGACUCUGAAACUCAUUAUAUUUCAUCUAUCUCCACCGGAACUUGCCUGCUUCAAAUUUAUAUAAAUGAUGCUCAUAAAUGUUUCACUAAUGAUACUUAUAAAUCAUUAAACCAUAAAGAUAGUUUUUUCAAAAAUCCGAUAUUCAAAGGCCACAUAACAACUCUCAGCAAUAAUCAUAGUCUUGAAAAUUUUAUCGACCAUUACUAUUUACUGAAUAAUAUUGACUAUUCUCUGUUUACAUUUUCAGACUUAGCCUAUAAUUAUAAAGUAGAUAUAUUAAGUAAAUUUGAAAAUGAUGCUAUAGUGAGAGUUAAUUUAAGUUUACUGCCUGAAUUACCGCGACAUAAAAAACUGCUACCGUCGUCAAAUAAAAUAAAACCAGUCGGCAUUGUUCCAGGUGACAUAUUAAAUUUGGAUGAUUUACUUGACGAUACGUUGACAAAUAUAUCUACUGACAAUGUAUUAAUUGACUCGGAUGAUUAUGUGACGAUGCCCUUUGUGUCAUACAAUUACACAAAAUGUUAUGAUUUUGAUAAAAACAAUGAUGUUAGAUUAGAAUUCGGCGGUUAUCUAUUGCCUGAUAAAUUUCCUAAGGGUGACUACAAGUUGAAUUAUUUUGAAGAAACAGUGAGACGUAAAUAUUAUGGAGUCGAUCGUACAUAUUUGUAUGAACAUUAUACGUGUUUAAAAAUAACCGUUUGCUCGCAGUUUAUUAAGAAAAAAUUGCAUUUUCCUUUAUUUGAAAUAAUAAAAUUAGACGAACAGUCUAAGGACAAUAACAAGUAUAAUAUUUUUGAAAAUUUUAAUAUUUUAUUGUGGUACACCAAAAACAAUGAAACGCAUUAUGUUACUCGUACGGAAAACGGUGACUGUUUAUUCCAGGCGUUAGUAUUUCCGUUUGAACUUGAGUACUAUUUAGACAAUUCACGAUUCAACCAUGAUCCUAUACAUAAGGGUAAAAUAUUAUCAGCAACCAAUAACACUGAAUUUGAACUUCGGACUCAAUUACUUUCUAAUAAUGAUCUCAGAGUUUUUAUAGGAGCCAACUCUAAUAUUUUGUUAACCUUAAAAACUUUUGACGGAUUAGAUAAACACCUUCUUACGAAUAAUGGUUUAAUAAAUGUCUACUUAGAUAAAAUGUAUUGAAAAAUAAUGUACGAAAUUUGUUGAUCAGUCCCAAAACUUUUCAGUCUUUGAAGUCUGGAAUUAGGACUGCCCUACAAAGAAAUAUAUAUAUAUCCAAAAAUUCAUGUAACAUAUGUGACAUUUUUUUUUUUUUGCGUCAACCUAUAUUAUAUAUACAUAUUUCAACAUAUGAAUGAACAUGUACGCAAAAUGUAUCGAAAAUAUUUGUCUUUUGCGUGCAUAUAUGUGCCAUGCAAUUUUUGCAUAUACAUUUUUCUACGCGGAUGGUUCAAAAAUUUUAAUAAAAAUAUUUAAAAAAACAAAAUCUAUUUUAUUAAAUUCUUAUCU